CUCUAGCUUCUUGUUGACUUCAGCAUUUGCGCCGCCUUGUCAAUUAUACCGAGCUGGAUAUACCGCGACGACAAUUGCAUCUUUUUUUGCGGAAAAUUUGAAACUGCUAUUCGUACCCUCGGCUCAAUCAACGCCACCAACACGCGAUCCGCUGCUAUGGAGACUGACAACGGCGCUCGCGUCGUUGACCAAGCCAGGACGAGUCUCGUACCCAAACAUGAACGAGAAAAACGUCGACGGGAGAAGGAGGCACAGAGAGAUUAUGGCAGGGGCAGAAGAGUCAACACAAGAAAUAUAAAAGACAAGAAACUGCGCAGGAAUUUGCAAGCCCUCGAAUCCAAAUACAAAGAAGCCACCCUCAAGGCGAAAGAUGCCGAGAUCUUGCUAGAGGGAACAUCAGGUUAUCUCGAACCGGAAACCGAGUUAGAACGCACAUAUAAGGUCACACAGGAAGAGAUACAAGAAAGCGUGUCCAUUGCGACAGCACAGAAGCGAUUCGACUUGACCCUCAACGAGCUCGGCCCUUACGUGUUUGACUACAGUAGGAAUGGCCGUGAUCUAUUGUUAGGUGGGAGGAAGGGACACAUUGCCUCCAUGGACUGGCGGCAAGGAAAACUGAAUUGCGAGUUCCAAGUUAAUGAAGUAGUCCGGGAUGUUCGCUGGUUACAUACAAAUCAGUAUAUGGCAGUAGCCCAAAAGAAAAACGUCUAUAUAUAUGAUGGUCAAGGUGUUGAGUUGCACUGCCUAAACCAGCAUCGCGAAGUCUCACAUCUUGAAUUCUUGCCUUAUCAUUUCCUCCUUGCCACGCUUGGAAUCAGUGGUCACCUUAAAUACCAGGACGUUUCAACAGGUCAGCUGGUGAGCGAGAUUGCUACUAAAUUGGGGCCUCCGGCUUCUUUGGCGCAAAACCCAUACAAUGCGGUCUGUUUCACUGGACAUAAUAAUGGUCAAAUCCAACUCUGGAGUCCUAGCUGUUCCUCUUCAAAUGGACCACUUGUUAAGUUAUUAGCCCAUAAAGGACCUGCUCGCGCUAUGUCUAUCGAUCGAGAGGGACGAUAUAUGGUAUCCACUGGCCAGGACUCCAAGAUGGCUGUCUGGGAUAUACGUCAGUUCCGCGUAGUAAACGAGUACUUUACAAGGCAGCCAGCUUCUUCUGUUGCUAUAUCAGAUCGAAAUGUUGUCGCCGUAGGACAUGGAACGCAUACCACACUUUGGAAUGGUCUCUUCACAAAACACGCAGCCGAGCAAACUAAGGUGCAGAGUCCAUACCUAACAUGGGGAGGUGAGGGUCGCAGAGUCGAGAGAGUGAGGUGGUGUCCAUUAGAAGAUGUCCUGGGUAUUGGUCAUGAUGAAGGAUUUAGUUCUAUCAUUGUUCCUGGAGCAGGAGAGCCUAAUAUGGAUGUCAUGGAAGUCAAUCCCUUCGAAACAGUCAAGGACAGACAGAAUACUGAGGUUCGAUCGCUUCUCAACAAAUUAUCGCCAGAAAUGAUUGCUCUGGACCCCACAUUCAUUGGAAACCUCGACUUGCGCUCUGAGGAGCAACGACAGGCCGAAAGGGAUCUUGAUGCCAAGCCGGUGGACAUUGAAACGGAGAUAAGGAAGAAGGCACGUGGAAAGAAUAGCACGCUUCGGAGAUAUCUCAGGAAACAGCGGGCAAAGAACGUUAUCGACGAAAAGAGACUCAAGGUUGAUGAGAUAUGGAAGGAACAACGAUUACAAGAACGAGAGAAACAGCAAAAGGAGAGGGAAGCAGAUCUGGGACCAGCCCUGUCUCGGUUCGCAAAGAGAGACUAGCUCAUUUAAUAAUAUAUACCCAUUUGAUUGCAUCCCGCAGCUGGGACCGCCGA